ACAACUGGUGAAGUGAUUAACUUGCUCUCAACAGAUGUUUACAUCGCGGGUGAGUUUUUUGCAAAUAUCGGUCUCAUCUGGGCAAUUCCACUUCAAGUAUGCGUUGCAAUUAUCGUACAGUGGUAUCUACUCGGAAGUGCAAUCUUCGCAUUCAUCGGCAUCACAAUUUUUGUU